AGUGUUUUCAUUCAGUUGCUCAACAAUGGCGGAGCUUAUCACUGUGCCUCACAAGAAGCCCGCGGAUGUGGACGUAAUCGGGCCGCUGAAGAAUUUAUUUGCGGCGAAUUAUAGUUCUGCUGACAACCCUGAGGAUUACACCGAUCAGAUCAACGAAUUUAGCAAACUUCGGAGCAAUGCCGUUUGGCGUUCCAUCGAAAAGACCGAAGCCUCCUUGGAGGUUAUCUACGGAUACUAUGAUCAGCUCUGUGCCCUUCAAGAUAGAAUUCCUGCAACAGAAGUACAAAUCCCUUUCAAGUGGAAAGAUGCCUUCAACAAAGGCUCACUUUUUGGCGGCCGUAUUAGUCACACGGUGAAUUCUCUUAUCUUUGAGAAAGCAUGUGUCAUGUUCAAUAUUGCAGCUCUGCAAAGCCAUGUUGCUGCCAGCCAGAGUCUGGAAAAUGAUGAUGGUCUAAAAUUGGCAGCAAAAUUAUUGCAACUAUCAGCCGGUAUUUUCAGCGCGUUGAAGCACCUAUCCUCUCUUCAGACACAACCAUUCCCUUCGAUUGAUUUGCAUCCAGAUGUUUUGCAGACACUAUCUAGUUUAAUGUUAGCCCAGGCGCAAGAAAUCUUUGUUCACAAAGCACUUCAUGACAACAUGAAGGAUGCUAUUGCCGCAAAGCUGUGUGCACAAGCUGAUGAGUACUAUGCUGAAGUAAUGAAACACAUCCAGAAGGAAGCAUGUCGCAACAUCUGGGAUUCAACAUGGCUUCCUCUCAUCUCUGGGAAACAGGCAGCAUUCCAUGGCCUUGCUGAGUAUUUCCAGUCGCUUGUUUGCAAGCAAAACAAAUCAAUUGGCGAAGAAAUUGCACGUCUUCAAAAAUCCAUGGAGCUGUUCAAGGCGGCUCAGUCACGCUCUGGCAAACCACUGUUUCAAGAUUUUAUCGGCAAGGUUCAGCGAAAUCUGGCAGAGGCAGAAAAGGACAAUAAUUUCAUAUAUCAUGAGAGGAUCCCGUCAAAUUUGGAACCUAUCCCGAAAGCAGCCAUAGCCAAGAUUCAGCCAUUACCAUCAAAACUUUCAGCCAAAUUCAAAGAUAUUUUUGAGAACCUAGUACCCAUGUCCGUGCAUCAAGCCCUCGCUGCGUACGAUGUUAGGAAAAGUGAACUCGUAAAUACCGAGAUUUCAAAGUUGAGAGAGAACACACAGUUUCUCAACAGUGUCUUGGCUUCACUCAACCUUCCAGCUGCAUUAGAAGACACAACAGGUGUUGCAGUCCCACCAUCAGUAAUUGAGAAAUCACAGGCCGUCCAAGCCUCCGGGGGUAUUGAAAAACUUGACCGAAUGAUGCGUGAACUUCCAGACCUGCUUCAGCGGAACAAGGAAAUUUUAGAUGAGACUGAUAGAAUGCUAAAUGAAGAGAGAGAUGCAGACAACCAGCUGCGGAGCCAGUUCGGAGAAAGAUGGACACGAAUUGACUCGGAUAAACUCACAACGGUGCUCAGAAGUAAUGCUGCUAAAUAUCGACAGAUCAUUGAUAACGCUAUUUCAGCCGACAAGAUAGUUCGUGAUAAGUAUGAAAAGAAUCGAAAUGGAAUGACUUUGUUGAGUCAAGGCCCUGCAAGUAUAGAGGCUGUCUUGCCUGCCAGUGCGUCCGGCUCAUGUAACUCCUCAGCUGCAAGUCAACUCAGAGCUCUCAUGGAAGAAGUAGAAACAAUGAAAGCUACACGUGAUGUAAUAGAAAUGGAGCUGAAAUCCGCUUCAACAGACAUGAAAGCGCAGUUCCUAAAUGCACUCUCCGAAGAUGGUUCAAUCAAUGAGGCCUCAAUGUCAGAAGAAAUUCUGUCGCAGUCCUAUGGGCCACUUAAACGCCAAGUCCAAGAAACUCUGUCAACGCAGGAGUCUCUUUUGGCACAAAUACAGAAAGCCAACACAGAAUUUUCCAAGGAGAAGAAUUGUGCUCAGGCAGCGACUCAAAGAGAGAAUAUGCUGAAGGAUAUAGCUGCAGCCUACGACACAUUCUAUGAACUUCAAAGGAAUCUAGAAGAAGGAACCAAGUUCUACAAUGAUUUGACAGCAGUAUUGGUCACAUUCCAGAACAAAGUAUCAGACUUCUGUUUCGCACGAAAAACAGAAAAAGAAGAGCUUCUGAAAGACUUAACUAAAUCGCUCGGCAGGGAUGCACCCAGUAGCGCACCAGAGGCCCCUGCUCAUCAUGAAGCAGCAAAACAGACUCAACCAAUGCCCCCUGCUGUUCCUAGUUCAAAUAGCAAUACAUUGCCGUACCCAACGAUGCCUCAAGGGAUGCCUCAGCCUUAUGCACCUGUGGGUGCUGCGCCAUACCCAACCUAUGCCGUUCCGCAAAUGCCCCAAUCGUACAAUCCUUACGCCACUUUGCCAUACCCACGGCAACCUCCACCAGGUUAUGCUCCACAAGGCUAUCCACCGCAGCCUGGCUACCCAAUGCAACAACAAUACCCUCAAUAUCCCCCACAACAGCCACCUCCGCAGUGGUAGUUGUGGACUGAAUCUUAAUUUUAUAUCUUUUAUAUGUUUUUCUAGGAAUUUUAUUUAUUUAAUUUAAUUUAAUCGUAUUUUUGCAUCCGCUUGCGAUCAAAUCAAAACACUGUUGUAUGAGUGAAUCAAGCGCAGACUUUAAUCACCGGUAUUCUGAAUCAUAUUGUUGUACCAGUUGUUCUUUUUUUAACACAAUUGUUAGGUUUUAUCAAUCAUUCUUAAGCUUCCUGCUAUUGUGUAAGAUACAAUCUUCAGCUGAGUAAAAAAAUAUUUUAUUUUUAUGA